AUGGAGUCUGUUUAUUGUAACAAGUGUGAAAUUCUUGAUAAUCACGAGACUAUUUUUUGCCAAAAAACUCAAUGUCGUUACUGUAAACAGUUUGGUCAUAUCAAUGCAUUUUGUCCAAAUUUACCUUGUUAUCUUUGUCAUAUGGAUGGUCACACACAAAAAACUUGUUUUGAAAACAAAUUCAAACCUAAAAAACUUAAAUGUAAAGUUUGUAAUAGAUAUACUGAUAAGGAAUUUUGCAAUGGUGUUCACAUGGUCGCUUUCUUUGCGCAUAAAAAGGAUUUUCAAUUUAUGUGGGAUUAUGUAAAGUAUUUAUCCGAUGUUGGAAUAAAUUUUUCUGCCGUUUUAAGAACGAUUUACAAAAUUAAAAAAAUGUAUUAUUUUAAUGUUUCGUUCAAGAAAUUACAAAAAAAACAAGAGAGGGAUUGUUUAUAUCGUGUUGGCGUUAACAAUAUUUACACUUUUAAAGAAGUUCAUGAUUCUUUAAGAAUAGAUUUAUUUAAUCUUUGUGUAAAAUGUUGUAAUGUUAUUAGUAAUCAAAAAUUG